CAGACACAACCACCCCUGAUUCUACUGAAGUACCAACACUAUACUGUCGUCUUUCAAAUAAACACAGUCAGACUUUAUUCAAGAAAGUAUUUUGCACCCGCGUCACAAAAGUUGCUUUCGUGAUAAACAAGCUGAUAAGAAUGGCGUCCCUAAAUUUAUCAGCUAAUGGACCUUCUAUAUCAAAGAGCUAUCAAAAUGUGAUCAACUCGUCUUUUCCGAGUGCUGGUACCGGUUCCCCUACUUAUGGGCAAUGGGCAAUCUUCUCCGUUUCUACCCCUCUGGUAAAUGCAUUCCAGAAAGAUAGUGGCAACAAGGAGAGCAUCUUGAAGGUUCAUGACACCGGAGCCGGCGAAUUGGUGGAUCUUAUCGAUGAAUUUUCCGAAGGGAAAAUACAGUUCGCUUAUAUCAAGGUUGUAGACCCCAAUACUGGGCUCCCAAAGAAUGUUCUCAUCGCCUGGUGCGGGGAGGGCGUCCCGGAGCGGACAAAGGGAUAUUUUACCAGUCACCUGUCCGCUGUCUCGAAGUUCCUGCAUGGAUAUCACGUGCAAAUAACUGCACGCUCAGAGGGAGACCUAACGGCCGAGGGAAUCAUACAGAAAGUCGGCGAUGCAUCUGGCGCCAAGUACACUUCAGGCACAACUUCACAAUCUUCUCUGACACCUAAACCACCAGUAUCCACGAAGCCUGUUUUCACACCUAGUCGAACCGCUGGCAUUGAUACCAGCGCAGGAGCAACAAGUCCAGAGCGGCGGAUCCAGAAAGAUGGUGACAACGAUGGGUGGGGCCCCGAUGCACCACCAGUUACCAGGACAGAGCUAGAAAAAGUCCAGCCAGCCUAUAAACCUACGAAGGUGAAUAUUCAGAAACUUAGGUCGGAAUCAAACGUUACGGCAAACACUGGUGUCGACCAUACCCCCGAGGAUCGUGGUGAUAUUGUUAAGGGUGGCUACCAACCUGUUGGGAAGGUAGAUAUUGCAGCAAUAAGGAAACAGGCACAUGAAGCGGGCAAUAUUCGCGAUGAUCGGCCUGAGCCUGUGAGAGGCGCGUAUGAACCUGUCGGGAAAGUCGACAUCGCUGCAAUUCGUUCCAAAGCACAGAAUCUCAGUGGUUCUUCGGUGAGCAAUGAUCGUGGUACUACUUACUCCCAAGAGCAAAUCAAGCAUAUAACCUCUCCUGGCAACCCAGAGCGUCUGACGAGCUUACCGAAGCCGAAGAUAUCAAACAAGUUCGGUGGUAAUUCGGUGUUCGCGGGGACAAAGCCACCCCUGCCUAGUGUUCCGACUUCAAAGCUGAAUCCCGCUCCAGCCCAAAUUGGGAGUGCAAGCCGCACAUUUGCUGACGAGGGUGGGAAGACACCUGCGCAGCUUUGGGCAGAGCGGAAAGCAAGAGAACGAGGGCAGGAUACCAUUUCUAUAUUGUCACCUUCAUCUAACACCGAUACGAUUGCCCAAGGCCAAGAGAGCGAGAAAGGGGACUGGAAGAGUUCAUACAACGGCAAAACCUGGGCUCCGGUUCAGACGACACAUACUGGCAAGUCAUUCAGCAGUGACGUUUCUCAGACGAAUCGGGCAUCGGAUCCUGUCUCAAUUGGGUCGCCUCAAUCGGAUACCGGGAAUUCACAAAAUGACAGUGCUAUUAGGGAUCAAUCCUUCCAAGAGUUUUCUUCAGAUUCCCCCCUAGUACAAGAUACUGUUCUGGACAAUGGCCAUGCUGCACCAGAGGCUAGUCCCAAGGCUGGCCUUCUGGACUUGGGAUCUUCUCACGAGUCUCUGGCUCAUCAAUCACUUCCCACCCCGCCGCAACAGCCUCGGUCUCCAACCCCACCGACGCCUGCCCGCGAGACUUCGCCCAUACGUGUUGCUGUUCCGGUUGGGAAUGGGCUUACUGAUGUUCAUGAUGAACAACGCUCCCCACCACAGGUUAUUCCCCUUGAGAGCCUCCAACAGGUAGUACCAAAAGAAGAGGACGUUGAAGAUGUUAAACACGACAUUGGACGCGCAACCGCCGAAGCUACUAUUAGCAAUCAACUUCAGGAGAAGGAAAUCCAAGCUAUUGUGCAAUAUGACUAUGAGAAAGCGGAAGAUAACGAGAUAGAACUCAGGGAAGGCGAGUAUGUGACUAACAUCGAAAUGGUCGAUCAAGACUGGUGGCUGGGGUCCAAUGCUCAGGGGGAUAGAGGUCUCUUCCCAAGUAAUUAUGUCGAGGUCGUUGCAAAUGAUCACCAGACUCAGGACGUGUCGGACGACAAGGACAAUAAGGCCGAAAUCAAUUCCCCAGUGCCUGUUACGAGGGUCAUUGAAUCUCCGGCCCCGGCUCCGGCUCCGGCUCCAGUCAAUGAGUCGACUGCGACGGCGUUGUACGACUACGAAGCCGCAGAAGACAAUGAACUCAGCUUUCCGGAGGGGGCUGAGAUAACGAAUGUUGAAUUUCCCGACGACGAUUGGUGGCUUGGUGAAUACCUUGGAAAGAAGGGACUUUUCCCAGCAAACUAUGUACAACUCGCAAAUUGACCAAAAUGUGCAGCACGAUGGCCAAUAGUUUGUACAAAAAAA